CGCCGGGGCGGAUGAUGGCAGCGGCAGCGAACACAAUGAGCGGUGGGUUGGGUGCGCAGCCGCCGGAGUGAGUGAGGGGCCCGGAGCCGCUGAUUAGGCCGCCCAUCCCGAGGGGUUACCUUCCUGGGUACGUGGUUGUUGAACGGUUUGGGGCCGAGUCGAGAAGGAACACUCGGAUCGAGCGGUGGCCCGAACGCCGGGCCGGCUGCCUGGAUGGGGGCUUUGAAUUCGGUACAGCCUGGAAUAGGCCCUUCUGACCCUUCGAGGAACACUGCCAGCAACCCGCCAAUUUAACCAUGACCUAAUCGCAGGAUAAUCUACAAUGACCAAUUAACCUUCUAACCAGUACAUCUUUGGACUGUGGGAGGAAACCGGAGCACCUAGAGGAAACCCACAGGUAUCAAUAGUAUGAUGAGGCUGAGAGAUGGGCACACAAGAUCCUUCCAGGCUCCUGUAGAUAUCCAUGCUUCGCAAGAUGGUCGGCUUUAUGUAUUUGGAAGUGAUGUAGCAUCUUCUGAUGAAUCAUCGGAUGAAGACAAGAAUAGUAUUGAUCUGCGACUGAGAGGUCGAGAGUGUCAGUGGCCCAGUGUUUCAGUGGAGAACUCCAACAGUAUUGUAUUUCUUAUUAGAGAGGUUGUUGAUGGUGACAACCUCAAUACUUUUGCUUUGCAGUAUGGCUGUACGGUUGCAGACCUCAAACGAGUGAACAAUCUUAUCAAGGAUCAAGACUUCUUUGCCUUAAAGACAAUAAAAAUUCCUGUAAAACAGCAUGGUUUGUUGACAGAAGCACAGGAAGAGGCAAAGCGGCGACAGCCUAUUUCUGUGAAUAACAGAACAUAUCCACGUACAGAAGUCUGUGCUGCAGAGAGUCAAGGAAUAGAGCAGAACAGGUUAAGUGGAUAUUUUGAAGAUAUUGACAAGGAUAUUAAGAAGAUUAUCCAGGCUACAGAUCAGUGUAAAGAUCACUUGGAAGAAGUGACUUAUUGUCAAAGGUCCAAUGGAUUUAAUUCAGGAACAUUACAUCCUAAGGAUUCUCAUCACGGAGCAGACUGGGGUAUUCGAUGGUGGAAUGCUGUGGUAAUCAUGCUUUUAAUUGGUAUUGUUAUUCCUAUAUUUUACAUCGUGUACUUCAAAUUUCAAGAAACUGAAAAUGCAAUGGACCCAACAACAUUGACUAAUGCUGUGGGAGAAUCAAAUGGCUCUAUCACAACUACCAUGCAAUCAAAUACUGCAGCAGCAGCACAUGGGUGAAUGGAAUGAAAGGAAAAAAAUACACAUUACUUUUGAAUUUAUCAAUCAACUGUACACUGUACCUAGCUGGAACAUUUUGAGCAACACACACAAAAUGAUGGAGGAACUCGAUAGGUCAGGCUGCAUCUGGGGAAAUGGAUAGAUAGUCGAUGUCUCAGGCUGAGACCCUUCUUCAGGAAUAAGGGAAUGAUCCUUAUUCACUUCCACAGAUGCUGUCUGACCUGCUGAGUUCCUCCAGCAUUGUGUGUGUGUGUGUGUGUUGCUCUGGAUUUCCAGCAUCUGCAGACUUCCUCGUGUCCUUGGAAUAUUUUUACUUUGGAUCAGUGGAGGCAUAUUUGUAGCAGUGCAGGGAUGAACAGUCCACUGUUCUUCACUGUGACACAUUGCUUGUUGUAGAUCCAAUUCCAGUCCUACCUUGAAGGUGUUGUUUCCUUGUUUCCCCGUUUUGCUACUUAAUUGUACCAAUGCAGGGUAAGUAAAAUGUAUUGGAAUGACCUACUUCUAGAGCUUAUGACCAUUCUAUAGUUUUUAACUUAUUGCCUGUUUCCAACUGCUGAUGAAUGAGCCCAGCUCUUGUACAGCAAGGUGUAACUAAGCAAAGUGCAAUAAGUUGUGCUAUACUACUACUACUACUUAAAAUUAUUUUAAUGAACAGAAUUAAAUAAAUAUCAGAAAAUUUAGACAUUGUAUUCCGGUGCCAAAAAAGAAGAUCCACUAAUUUUGUCUCUACUCUUUUCAACUUCAGAAUCUUGAAACAUUUUAUGAUGUUAGAUUACAGCAGCUUUUCUAAAUUAUUGCUAGCUAACUAGCAUGCAACUUCCAGUUCGUGAGCUUGUGUUCAAGUCAUUUGCAGAAAAGUUGCAGUAAGCUUUAGCUGUCCUCAUUAAGCCUUUGUUAUAAGCUUUGUAUCAUUCCCAUUAGUAAAAUUUACAAUUGAACUUCGUGGCUAUAAAUAGCAGAGAUCCAGACACAAGGAAUAUUGAAAUAUUCUGCUGCUGUGAGCAGCAGAAUCUAACUGUUCCUUCAAAAAUGUGUAAACUACAAGUAAGAUAGAACAUUAAUAGAAACAAAUCAAAACAUUAAUGUCAUUAAAAUAUUCUACUUUCUGACAAACUAAUUUUUUACAUGUGCAUUCCAUUUCUUUUGUAAUUCUUGGAUUUGUCUUGUUUAUUAACAGCUUGUUUUCUCUGAAAAAAGGUUACAUAUAUAGGUUUUGCUUUGAAUCUAAUUUAUUUGGGACAGGAAUUUAAUCCGAGUUAUCAAAGCUGUAGAAUACUACAUUUAUAAUUAUCUUUAGCAGGUUUAUUAAUAUUUUAUUUUGCUGCUAUCUACUAGAGAAUUUUUCAGAACAGUAUCAUGUUCUCCUUGAUGGUACUUUUUAGUAUUAAAAUACCAGGAAUACAUUUAUCUAUACAAAGCUUUAUAUUUAAUUAUAUUCAUCAUUCACAGAAAUUUAGGUAAGCUGAGAAGUGAUAGAAGUCCAAAUGAUUGUAAAGAUUUGUAGCAGUGGUACUCAACUCCUGCAGUACACCAAGUAAAAUUUAACCUUGCUAUUGAUACAGAGUGUGGUGGCAUUUCUCACAGUAGUUGACUUUAUCAGAUAGGAUACCCUUUGCACUGUUUUAAAAGGCCUGUUGUGAAAGUGAGAUGUUAAGUCUAUUGUGUGUUAGGUUUCAUGUCCAUUGUAGGAGAUGGUGUCACCAUUGUCAGUAAUGAAAAGGUAUGGACGAACUUCACAAGGUCAAUGGGGAUUUGCAAGUGGAAUUUCAUCCCUGUUAAAUUUUCAUGGAAAUUGACACGGAAGUGGGGGAAAUAUGCAACAGGCAUGAUAUGAUUUAAUUCUUAAAUAAUUGAAAAGAUGUGAGCAAAUGAGAGGGCAUUGAACGAAAGGAAUCUUUCUUAGACUUGUUGGACACUCCUUGUUAUAGAAGUGACCUAAACCCUAAAAAUUGCAGGGACAUAGAACUCUAAGCUAACUCAUACUUGCAAGUACAUUUGGAGUAAUGUAUUUUAGGCAUAGUAGGGGAAUUGAGGGUUAUGGGGAAAAGGCAGGUAGAUGGAGCUGAGUCCAUAAUCAGUCAGAAUCAGAAUCAGGUUUAUUAUCACCGGCAUGUAACGUGAAAUUUGUUAACUUAGUAGCAGCAGUUCAAUGCAAUACAUAAUCUAGCAGAGAGAAAAAAUAAAUAAACAAGUAAAUCAAUUGAAUAGAUUGAAAAAUCAUGCAAAAACAGAAAUACUGUAUAUUUUUUAAAAAGCUUCAAUGUCCAUUUAGGAAUCAGAUGGCAGAGGGGAAGAAGCUGUUCCUAAAUCACUGAGUGUGUGCCUUCAGGCUUCUGUACCUCCUACCUGAUGGUAACAGUGAGCAAAGGGUGUGCCCUGGGUGUUGGAGGUCCUUAAUAAUGGACACUGCCUUUCUGAAACACCACUCCCUAAAGAUGCCCUGGGUACUUUGUAGGCUAGUGCCCAAGAUGGAGCUGACUAGAUUUACAACCUUCUGCAGUUUUUUUCUAUCCUGUGCAGUAGCCCUUCCAUACCAGACAGUGAUGCAGCCUGUCAGAAUGCUCUCCACGGUACAAUUAUGGAAGUUUUUGAGUGUAUUUGUUGACAUGCCAAAUCUCUUUAAACUCCUAAUAAAGUAUAGCUGCUGUCUUGCCUUCUUUAUAACUACAUCCAUAUGUUGAGACUAGGUUAGAUCCUCCGAGAUCUUGACACCAAGGAACUUGUAGUUGCUCACUGUCUCUACUUCUGAUCGCUCUAUGAGAAUUGAUACGUGUUCCUUUGCCUUACCCUUCCUGAACUCCAGAAUCAGCUCUUUUUUCUUACUGACGUUGAGUGCCAGGUUGUUGCCACGGCACCACUCCACUAGUUGGCAUAUCUCACUCCUGUACACUCUCAUCACCACCUGUGAUUCUACCAACAUUGGUCAACAAAUUGUCAGCAAAUUUAUAGAUGGUAUUUGAGCUAUGCUUAGCCACACAGUCAUGGAUAUAUAGAGAGUAGAGCAGUGGGCUAAGCACACACCCCUGAGGUGUGCCAGCGUUGAUCAAAUCAGCCAUGGUGGAACAGGCUCAAUGGUCCAGAUGGCCUACUUAUGCUCCCAUUUCUUAUGUUGUUAAUGUCAUUUCCAUGACUGAGCAUUGUAAUAGCAUUGUCUUUGCAAUUUACCAUGUCAAAUGAAAUUUCAACAUCAUUGAUUGGUACUGGAUAGCAGAGAAAUUUUCAAAAGUCCUUGCAUUUUGUAAUGAAUCUUUAAUUAUUCAAGUUGGUUCCCUUUGGUACAGUUGUAUUUUUUCUUUACAUUUUAUGACAAACUGGAAAUUGCUGUUUUAUGAUGCAGUUUAUCUGUUUCAAUUUAAUCAUAGUUUUGUGGAUUUUUGCAACAGCUAACUCAAACAUUUUGGAACAGUUUGACGUUGUUAUCUGAUUUUGAUUUUCACAAAAAUCAGAUGCUUAUUCUUAUUAAGUUAAUCCUUGUAACAUCUUGUAUAUGAAGAUGAAAAGAACUGCAGAAAUGUAAUUUGAAAUAACAAAAAAAAAAUGGUUGAAAACAUUCAAGAUGGCAGAAAGCAGCCUUGGAAAGAGAAACAAUUAACAAUUUCCUGUGGGGUUUCAUCAGAUCUGUAAAUGUUCAAUUUCUAAAAAUUACAGUCCUUAAUACAGUCAUUAAAUCAGUAUAAAAUGGUAUACGUGCAAAAACAACACAUAGUACAACACUACAAUUGAACAUCACUGAAUUCUUCCCCAUCCAAUAAUUUUAAAUUUCAAUAAAGAUUCUACUUCAUGAUCCAUUAGCUGGGAUCUACAGAUAACAUUAUAAAGAGGUGGAAGAGGGAAAGGAAAAUGCAAAGAGUUUCCAUAAGGAGACAGGAUAUACUUAGGGUUGAAUGGGGGCUUUAAAUUCUUCAUCAUGCUGGAGUAGAAGUAUCAAAUGUGUUCUUCAACUUUUGCAAUAUACUGCAAAGGAAUGUUGUUAAAAAUUAGAAGAAUUAGAGAAAGAAUUCAGCUCUUCAUGUAGUUCUGGACUUCAUUAUUGCAUGUUAAAAAUAUUAGAAGAAUUCAAAUCAAAGAAAAUACGUGUGUGCAAUUUAUUACAGCACAGAAGGAGGCCUUUCAGCCCAUUUGGUUCAUAACAGCUCUUGGCAGUACAUUCCCAUUGCUUUUUUCCCCUGUAGUACUGCAACUUAUUUUCUCUUAUGUACCCAUCAGCUCCAUUUUGUUUCUUUUUCCACCUACCAGCCCAUCCUUGUGAUAUGGGAGAAUGCAAACACUAUGAAUACAGCACUGGCUCAGCAUAAAACCUGCACCCUAUAGUUGUGAGAUAGCAAGACUAGUUUUUACAACACCAUACUGCUUAAAAUUAAAAUCAAGUUGAGUAAAACUGGAGAUAAUAAAUAUUAAGGAGCCCAAAAUAAACCAUUUUCUUGCAUAUUUACUAGGAAAAGUGGCAGAUCUGAAUUUUCCUCAUCAGUGAAAAAGGUCAAAAAUCACAUUUCCAGGGAAAUCUUAAAUAUCUUCUCUGAAGUCUCCCUGGAUUUGGAUAAUGUAAACCUUUAAUGUUAAGAACAUGGCUCCUUCCCACAUUUCAUUCUGUCUAGGUUUGGCUGGCAACUCAACUGGACACAGGCUUAAAAAAAGAGUAUUUCCUCUAUUUUUUAGGAUCAUUGGAAGAUACUCUACCAAUUUGAAUCACAUCAGAUUUUGCCAAGAAGGGAUUUCCCCUGAAACUUGAUAUGAUAACAGUGAACAUGUGAACUUGCUUGGGGUAUUAAUUUUUUGCUUGCACUCCAGGAAUCUACCUCUCACAGUUAUCAAGACAGCACUGUUAUAAAAUUAAAUAAAAUCAAGACUCCACCUUAUUGCUGGACCGUUAUUUGGAGCAAGUUGUUGGAAGACAAAGCCAUUAAUCAGAUGGAGUAUUACCAGUCAAUUCUCGAUGGUGCCAUGCAGAAUUCAUUUGGACUACUGGUGGAGGAUUUACAUGCAGCAAUUAACAGCAUCCAAGAUGAUGCAUCUGCUCAAUGAAGUGCCAUGCUUGAUUGUGGGACGUUACCCUUGUUUGGAUCCAAAUGCAAAGGAAUCUCAUCUUUGAGCUCUGUUGAAUUUGUCCAUGUUACUCUAAUACAUUUUUCAUAUUUUUGUAUUUUUUCAUGUUUGUGAUUAAAAUCUUGAAAAUAAAUGUUGCUCUGAACACUA